AAUCCAGUGGAGAUGAGAGUACAUGGUUACUAUCGGCGGGAAUGCAGAUACCCAUUACUUUGGACUACUGUCAUCCGGUGAACGUUAGUAUUCCCGAUGGUGUCUAUAACCACAACUAUGCUGCUUCCCUUUCAUCCACCACAGUCAUCAACUACCCUCCGAAUUUCAGAUACAAACCACUACCCUUUGGGGCGACGCUAGCAAUUUCAUUAGCAUGCGCUGCAUCAUCUUCAAAGGGAGAUUCAGAGGAAUCAUUGGACGAUAGCAGCGGUGGUGACUUGAUACAAGUGUGUGAGCCACCUCCCACUGAUGCUGACGGUAUUGAGGUUGAGAUAGAAAAAUUAAGCAACAACCGCAGGAGAAUCCGGUCCAAGGUCGCUGUCGACGCCAGUCUUCAAACGCUUUGGAGCAUCUUGACCGAUUAUGACAGGUUGGCCGACUUCAUCCCUGGUCUCGCUGUAAGCCAGGUGCUUGAUAAGAGAAAAAACUUUGCCCGGCUUCUUCAGAUUGGUCAACAAAAUUUGGCAUUUGGAUUGAAGUUCAAUGCAAAAGGCAUCGUUGAUUGUUAUGAAAAAGAGUUUGAAAGUCUAAACUAUGGCCAAAGGCGUGAUAUAGAGUUUAAGAUGAUUGAGGGUGAUUUUGAACUCUUUGAAGGAAAAUGGUCUAUCGAGCAGUCCACUGGCGGUGGCCAUGAACAGAGUGUUGGCCAACGAUAUCAUACAACUCUUUCAUAUACUGUUGAUGUGGAGCCGAAAAUGUGGUUACCUGUUCAACUUGUUGAAGGCCGGAUCUCCAAAGAGAUAAAAAUGAACCUUUUCUGCCUUGGAGAAGCCGCACAAAAAGCAUCUGACAACAUUCCUUCUGGUUAAUGCCAUUCUAAUUUCCUUUCUUGUAUUGCCUAUUUAGGUUCGGAUUACUUUUGGACAUGGUUUUGAACAUACGACUGCACGUGUAGUUUACUUAACUUGUUUUAUCGUUAGUAAAAUUCUACAAUACCUUUUAUAAACAAAUUUCUAUCG